CGUACUCGUGAUGGUAAGGGAAGAACACUCGUGACGCCUGGAAAUUUCCAGGGAAAAUGGCAGAAGCCUCUCCCUGUAAAAUCACGUCAAGAUUGAAAUUCUAACUUAAAAAUGGACGAGAUUUCAAAUUGGAAAAGUAUAGAAAAAGAUGACUUUUAUAAACAGUUUUUGGGUUUAGAAGCAAGACAUUCCGAUGUUAGUUUGAUGCUGUCUGUGGCACAACAGAUAAAUAAAUUAGGACAAGCCAUAGCGGUAUUAGAUGCCGAACUUCAGAAACAAGUUCUUGCCAAUCAUGAAAGUUUACUUUUUCAAGUAACAUGGGUGGAUAAACUGGAAAGUGUUCUGUCAAUUAUGCAAGCACACGUACAAAGUCUACUGUCUGCUGUCGAGCGUCUUCGGGGAAAGAUAAUAGAACCGUUCAAUAGAUUUGAAACUCAGACUAUCAUACUAGCUCGUUUACACCAAACUUCAGAUUUGUUAAGACGCAUUGCUCGCAUGCAACAUCUAUCCAAGCGAUUGAAUUCUCAAAUGACUAGUGGCAUAAAUGGGCCGGACAUCGUUAAGGCUGCCGGUAGUCUCCAUGAACUUGAACAACUUUUAUCCGAUACAGAUUUAAGUGGUUUAGAUGUUGUUGCGGAUGAUCAGCAAUCGGUAAAAUCUCACAGAAAAACGGUUCGGAGAAUUGCUACUCAAACUCUUACACAGGGGUUGCAGAUGAAUAACAGAUCACAGGUUAGCACCGCAGUGCAAGUGUUCGAAAAUUUAGGGAUUCUUGAUAAUGCCAUAGACACGACCGUGUUAUCUGCUUUAUCAGAGAUAGAGAAGGUAGCUAGAGAAGCUCUAGAUGUAUCUUUGUCUUUAAAUCAAGAUGCGGGUAAACGAUCGGGCCCUGGAAGAGCUGCAAUCCCAUCGCCAGGAACUUCUGGAAAUUUACGAACGCGUUUAUGGGAAAACUUAGAGAAGCUCUUUCAUGAUUUUAUUUUCACCCAAUGUGUGCAGAUCGAAUUACUACAAAGGACACUUCUUGAGCAUCGCACAAAAGGAUUUGACAAUUUAUCUGGAAUAUUUUGGAGUAAAGUUACUGCCCUAUUGGCAAAGAUACUGGUGGAUCGAUCUCAAGGGUCGUCAUUAGUCAAACAAGCUUUAGAAGGUGAAUAUCCAAAGUUUUUAAGAAUUUAUCUGGACUUGAGAAAACGUCUCAAGGAACAUUCGCACAUCGAUGACACAUAUGCUAUUGACCGAAGUAUUUUAUCGCCAUUCGAGAAUGCAUACCUUUCGCGUUCAGUAUCUCGACUCUUGGAUCCAGUUCACACUAUGUUCUCUAGUGAAGUAACUCCUGGUCAGGAUGACAUUGACAGCUUGAUUCGUACGGUAACAAGCGAACUUAGUGUGUCACUGGUGGACGAAGGGUUGGCAAUAAUAGUUGCACGCAAUGUGAGCAAAGCAAUUCGACUAUUUUGUUUAAAAUGUGAACAGGGACUGAUGACAGGGGGUGAAGCUAGUCAGGUCAUCGAUUCACCUAUGGCAGGUCAACAGACAAAUGUCACCCUUGCAAACUUGUUAUACUACCUUUCUACUCAAGCAAGACGAGUCGUGACAAAUUUAGCUGGUAGCUUACCAAGCGAAGGAGCUUCUACUAUAAUUACUGCACUUGAAGGAACUGAAACAUUGACGAAAACUAUUUUGGCACCAUUAAUAGCUUCUAUCAACGAUGCCGUUGAAAGUAUUAUUCUGACAAUGCAUGACGAUCCAGAAUUCCGAGAUAACAACAAUCCUCUCAAAAAAGAGGUGGGAUGUUCACUUUACAUGCGAGAACUUCAAGGAUUUAUUUUACGCUCGGUUAAUACGUUCCUGGGACCAUAUAAAAAUCACGAGAUCGUAGUCGAAUGCUGCAAAGCCAUUGCAUCAAGAUGUAUUGAAUUAUUCGUUCGGAAUGCGUGUCUACUGAGACCAUUAACAAACUACGGUAAAACAAAACUGAUUGCUGACUUUUCUCAGAUGGAACUGGCAGUGGUACCACUUUGUCGUGGUCAGCUUGGUAUGCUCGAGCAGCAGCAAUAUAGAACACUGAGAGCACUGAAAGCAUUGCUUUUAUUAAGCCCUGAACAAAUGGUAGACAAGGUUUUGGAAGGUGAAGGAGAAGGAGCCGUACCUCCAUCCCUCGUACUGUUGCAUCUCUUCUCUGGAGCGCCUCCUGAUUUGCUUUCACCACACCAGAGUGCCGGUUGGUCAGUCUCUAGAUUGUCACAAUGGAUGGACAGUCAUUCCAGUGAAAAAGAGAGAUUAACACUAAGCAGCGGACCGUUACAAAGAUAUCAAAUGAGUAUUCGACAGCGUAAUCUUCCAUCGUUUCACCCCCUCUUUCCAUUAAUGAUGAAGCUUGCUAGCUUGAGCGAACAAGUCAGAUAAGGCCAAGAGCUGCCUGUCCUUUUAUUGAAAUAUAUUUUAUAAUUAAAUAAUGAGACUAAGGAAAUACCAAUAUCAUGGGCUGUGAAGAAGUGUUAUGAAACGAAAUAGAAUAUAGACACAAAAAUACCA